AUGCUGUUCUUUCACGACAAUAAUUCACGUAUUUACACUUUGGAAGAAUUAAAUGCGAAAAAGGCGAGCUUUGCUUCUGCUUCCACCAUUUACAUGGCCAUCCUGAUGGUGGUCGGUAUGAUCGGCAAUUCUUUGGUUCUUUACGUGUACGGCAAGCGGUUUCGAAGUUCGUCCACCAACUCCUUCAUCCUGGCUCUGUCCACCUUCGACAUCAUCAACUGCGCCAUCGGCAUGCCGACCGAAAUCGUUGACGACCAACUACCAUUGAUGUUCAGCUGGGAAUUCGGUUGCAAAGUCCUGCGUUUCAUUUCCUUUUUCUCGUCGGGUGGGUCAUGCUUUACUCUCGUCAUAAUCGCCCUUGACCGAUUUCAGCGCGUGUGUUUGGGGAGGGCUCAAAUGCAGGCGGUUUGGGCGAAGGUAGUCAUCGUUCUGGUCACCAUUGUUGCAGCCGUAGCGGUCGGUCCGAUAAUCGAACUUGCUGGAAUCGACACGGAGUCUACGGAUGUGCCUUAUAUAAAUACCUGCGACUGUGCCAUCAGCGACGUGUACAAAAAGACAAAAUGGCCGCUCAUUUACUUCACAUAUCUAUCGGGGAUGAUCGGAUUAUCUUUGAUCAUCAUAGUUGCCACCUACACGAUGAUCGGCUUAACAGUUAAACGACGACUUGGCAAAAGAAAUCUCAAAGGAAAAACGGUUGUGAAAACAAUGGCCGACAUCAAUCGUGAGCAAGACCGGAAAAUGAGAAGCGAAAAGACGACCAAGACGUUCUUUUUGGUCACGGUUUUAUUCAUAAUCAGCUACAUACCGUGUUCCAUGAUUCAGCUUUUGCGGGCGCUUACCGGGUUUGAGCCGCACACACCCAGGACGGAAAUCUUGGUCAACGUUGGAUUACGUUCUUAUUUUCUAGCUAAUGCUUUUAACCCUUUUAUUUAUGGAUAUUGUAAUCAUAAAUUCAGAGAGAUCUGCGUGACAUUGUUAGUUGAUUUGCAGGUGACACUCAUGGAGGAACCACGAACGAAGGCUCAUGUUUAUUCGUUAACAGAUCCCAACGUAUCCUUGUCACAACGACCAAAUCUGAGUGUCACAGAUACUUACUAUCAGUGA